UGCUUGUGAUGUCAACAACCUCUUUGUAAACUUUAUUUUCUUUAGUAUUUACCAGUUUUCUCGUAAGUUUAAUGUUUUCUUUACAUUAUUUACUUAAAUAAAAACGAGAACCAAAUGCCGAUAAUUGACGCCGAAACGUACCCAGUUUAAUUGAAGUUUUAAAAAACAACCGCCAAAAGUUACUGUAGCUGUAACGUAAAACGUUAUAAAGGUGCAAAGUAAAUUACAGCCAAUAUUUGGAAUAUUUGGCAUAUGUUUUAAAGCACUAAUACCAAGAAAACUACACUAAAAUGCCUAUAUUGGAAUCAUGUUGGUCACCAUGCAUUUGGUCAUCAACAGUGAAGAGUGGCAGCCGGGCAGUGGCAGUGUAUACAGCUGCUAUGAGCCUUGUGCUGAUAACGUUUAUAGUGUAUCAGAUGUGUGGAGGUGAUUCUACACAGCUAUGGAAUCCAUUGUUUGAAGCAGAUGUGAGGGGAUCUCUACAAGUGUUUGGAUUAAUAUUUAUUUGCAUUCUUCUCAUACUUAUAAUAUCAUCAGUGCUUAUGGUUAUUGGCAUCAACAUCUGGAUGCGAGGUUUCAUCCUGCCCUGGCUCAUCACAAUGGGUCUGAUUAUUCUAUUCCAGUUCAUAUUUGGAUUGUGGCUGCUCGGGGGAUAUUAUAUUUAUCUUGAUGCCACUUUUGCAGCCUUAACAGAUUUCCUCUGGAUGGCAUAUAAUAUUUACUGCUGGCUCUGCGUGCUGUCACAAUAUCAAAUAAUACUGGACAUGCAGUCUCCAAAUAUAGAGAUACUGAUUGAAUAUUAGUAUACGUAUUGCCUAGUAUGAAUUUAUCAUAAGUCUAAGGCGCAGCGCACACUGGCAGAGCCGAGGUGCGGUGACUUUCUUGAUACUAGCUCAAAGUAAGCUUUAUUUACUUUGACAAAAAGACGGUGUCGCGUGUCGUCCAUGUUUUGUUUGCAGUAUUCCGACAGUAUGUCAAUUAUUGAUCUUCGUAACGCACAAAAAAUGUUUCUAUCGUUGUCCGUUAUAGACUGAACCGUCCAACCGAUGUGCCCCAAACCAGUUUCAUUAGAAAGACAAUAAUGCGAAGAUGGUUUUGUUUUGUCUUAACGUAGUAGCACAAGCCGGGUAUCCGCUAGUGUUGAAUAAAAUGUUAUCAACAAGACCCACUCCGCUCUGUCUGUGUGUGUUGGCCCUUAUUGUAUAAGUAAGUAAGUAAAUUGACUUAAUUUUGACUUUAGACCAAGUUGUAGAUAAUAUUGGUUUAAAUGAACUUAAAGGCCGGACCACAUUACACUACGCAGCGCGGCACAGCGUCACAAUAUUAUUUCAAUAAUUUCGUAGGGUGUAUGACGGCUGUGUCGCAUUAGAGUGGUGCUGCACAGCCCAUCGCAGCAAAGAGAAUAUUUUGCCAUAAGCAAAGCGCCGCUGUAAUGCGGUCCAGCCUUUAAAGCUAUAAUUUGAAUUAAUUUCUAAGGAGUGUGCACAAAUUUUUGAUACUUAUAGAAAUCUAUUUCUAUAUUUUUCAACCAUAUAAUCAUAGAAAAGAAAAUAUAAUUCGUAAUAUUCAAGAUGAAGAAAAAUGACAUUCAAAUAUUUAGCAGUUAAGUUCAUAUCACAUCACAGUAAUAUUAUAAAGGCGAAAGUUUGUGUGUAUGUUCGUAACUGUCACGGAAAAACUACUGGACGGAUUUGGCUGCAAAAAAUGGAAGUAGAUUAUACCCUGGAUUAACACAUAGGCUACUUUUUAUCCCGGAAAAUCAGAAUUCCCACGGAAUUUUAAGAACCUAAAUCCACGCGAACUAAGUCGCGGGCAUUUGCUAGUUACAAUAUAAAAAUAGGUACAGUUCUACUACUUUUGUAAAUCGCAUCGGCAAAUAGUGUAAAAACUCAUAGUCAAAGUAUAAAGCCUAAUUUUUUUUAUAUUUUCUUCGAAAUAAUAUUAGAAAUCACGUCAUGCAUAGCCAGACAUUUAGUGCCGUGGCAACCUCCUACCACAUUAAAGUUCAAAAGUUUAAGGGUGUCUGGCAGGGGGUUGUCACAAAACUAGAGUCGGCCAACACUCCAAGCGGAUACUUUACUAAAUUUAAAUCGGUGGUACUGAAUUUUGGACUUUAAAUCAAUGUAGCUUAGGUCUAUUUUACUGGUUUACUUUAAUUUAUAAAAGUUAGUGGGACGAAAAAUCCUAUACUAAGCCUACAGUUUUAUCUUUGCUCAGGAUCCAACGCGAAAACACAAUUACUAUUUGACGUUAAAGUUCCAAGUUCAUCAUUUAUGUUUACCGUAAUUAUGUGUAUAGGAACUAGAUUAAGAAAGAAGUGCCUAAGACUUGAAAAUGUAGAUCAUUUUUAGCUUAGUUAUAUACCUAUAGCUACCUAUAGCUUUAAGUAGUUACAUAAACUGUCUGAAAAUAUCCGUCCAUUUUAUAUUUACAAUAUUUAGCUUUAGUUAUGUUUUCGAUGUUUACUGAUUUAUGGCACUCUAAGGCCGGCCUUACACGGACCGCUCGAACAGUCAUUGUCAACAGCUUGAAGCUGCCGUUGAUAACUGCUGCAGCAGUCAGUUUCAACUGCUAGAUCAGGCGCGCGCGACGCGUAGGUGGGACGCCUCCAGAGAAGGUAACUGCGCGAGAGCAGUUGACUGCUCGAGAAGUCAGUGUGCCUAGCCUGCUUGGCCGCACGAUGAAAGGGGUUUGAAUAUUUUAGUAUAGAGCCUGGCCUGCCUACAUGUACGCCAUUUUUCUUUUUUUCAAAAUAGCGGACACGCAUAAAACCUGUAUUAAUCAAUAGCUGGCAUCAAUACAAAUGAUUGUAUGAGACAAAAUCUUCCAAAGCGUCACAUUUU